AUGACAACGCGGAGCAGGGCGGCCUUGGGGGAGACACAGAUGGCAUCUUUUGCGGCGGAGUACGGACGGGUUCUCGAACUGCCCGUCGACGGCGAAAUGCGGCGUUUCGACAUUGACGACCCGGACCUGCCCGACUGGGUCGACGACAAUGUGCUUACAUCCGGCGAUUAUCCCUAUGACGAGCGCAUGGAUCGCGAUGCCUAUAACGACCGGUUGCGCGCUCUGCAGGAACAGCUGGUGCUGCUGCAAAGCCAUAUCGGGCAGUCGGGCGAGCGGAUCAUCGCUGUUUUCGAGGGGCGCGAUGCGGCGGGCAAAGGGGGUACGAUCAGCCGGUUCCGGCAGUAUCUGAACCCGCGCAACGCGCGCGCGGUCGCCCUGCCAAAACCGUCGGACCGCGAGCGCGGUCAAUGGUAUUUCCAGCGCUAUGUCGACCACUUUCCGACCGAAAGCGAGAUCAUCGCCUUCGACCGGUCAUGGUAUAAUCGCGGCGGCGUGGAACCGGUGAUGGGGUUCUGCACGCCCGAACAGCACACGGCCUUUCUGGGGGAUGCGCCCAAUUUCGAGCGCAUCAUCGUCGAUGAGGGCAUCCACUUUUUCAAGUUCUGGCUCAACAUCGGCCGCGAGACGCAGCUCAAGCGGUUUCAUGACCGUCGCCAUUCCACGCUCAAGCACUGGAAGCUGUCGGAUAUCGACAUUGUCGGCAUGCACAAAUGGGACGACUACACGCGGGCCCGCAACCGGAUGAUCGCCGCCACCCAUACCCGGCAUGCGCCGUGGACCGUGGUCCGAUUCAACGACAAGCGGCGCGGCCGGAUCGAGGUUCUGCGCCACAUUCUGACGGCGAUCCCGUUCGAGGGCCGCGACAUGGCGCUGAUCGGCGAGCCCGACCCCAGGAUCGUCGGCGAGGGACUGGAAAUGCUCGACGACUGA